GAGUAAUCGUGUAAAUAACGGCACACAUCAACAAUAAUAUGAAUCUCCGAAGAUAAAAAUUCUCAAAUUCUCAUAAAAUUCCCUCAAGAAGAAAGAAAACAGAACACGAGAAACUGUCCUAGAGAGAGAUGAGAAGUGUACCAAACUACCACCAUUCUUUCUUCAUUUUCCUCAUUUUAAUUCUGUUUCUUGCUUUCUCUGUUUCUCCAAACACUCUUUCAGCCACAGAAUCUCUCACUAUCUCAAGCAACAAAACCAUUAUAUCUCCUAGUCAAAUCUUCGAGCUCGGUUUCUUCAAUCCCGCAUCAAGUUCGCGUUGGUAUCUCGGCAUAUGGUACAAGAUAAUCCCUAUAAGAACCUACGUAUGGGUUGCAAACAGAGACAAUCCUCUCUCUAGCUCCAACGGAACUCUCAAAAUAUCCGGCAAUAACCUCGUCAUUUUCGAUCAGUCCGAUAGGCCUGUUUGGUCGACGAAUAUAACCGGAGGAGAUGUGAGAUCACCAGUGGCUGCAGAGCUUCUUGAUAACGGUAAUUUCUUGCUCAGAGACUCCAAUAACAGACUUCUAUGGCAGAGUUUCGAUUUUCCGACAGAUACUUUACUUGCGGAGAUGAAAUUGGGAUGGGAUCAGAAAACCGGAUUCAACAGGAUCUUGAGAUCCUGGAAAACAACAGAUGAUCCAUCAAGCGGUGAGUUUUCGACAAAACUCGAAACCAGCGAGUUCCCUGAGUUUUACAUAUGCAGCAAGGAGUCGAUACUAUACCGCAGCGGUCCAUGGAAUGGAAUGCGUUUUAGCAGCGUACCAGGGACAAUUCAAGUUGAUUACAUGGUUUACAAUUUCACAGCAAGUAAGGAGGAAGUGACUUACUCAUACCGAAUCAACAAAACAAACUUAUACUCGAGAUUAUACUUAAACUCUGCGGGUUUAUUACAACGAUUGACUUGGUUUGAGACAACACAGAGUUGGAAGCAACUAUGGUACUCACCGAAGGACCUAUGCGAUAACUACAAAGUGUGCGGGAAUUUCGGUUAUUGCGACUCGAACAGUUUACCAAAUUGUUAUUGUAUCAAAGGGUUUAAGCCAGUGAAUGAGCAAGCGUGGGACUUGAGAGAUGGCUCCGCUGGUUGCAUGAGGAAGACGAGGCUGAGCUGUGACGGUAGAGAUGGUUUUACCCGGUUGAAGAGGAUGAAAUUGCCAGAUACCACGGCGACAAUUGUGGACAGAGAAAUUGGGUUGAAAGUAUGUAAAGAAAGGUGUCUAGAAGAUUGUAAUUGCACUGCGUUCGCUAAUGCGGAUAUUCGCAAUGGCGGGUCUGGUUGUGUGAUUUGGACCAGAGAGAUUUUGGAUAUGCGAAAUUAUGCUAAGGGAGGUCAGGAUCUUUACGUUAGACUAGCCGCUGCUGAACUCGAGGACAAGAGAAUCAAAAAUGAAAAAAUUAUAGGUUCGAGUAUUGGAGUGAGCAUUUUGCUUCUUUUAAGUUUUGUCAUCUUCCAUUUUUGGAAAAGGAAGCAGAAGCGAUCAAUAACAAUUCAAACACCUAAUGUUGAUCAAGUGAGAAGCCAAGACUCGCUAAUCAACGAUGUGGUAGUAUCUAGGAGGGGUUACACAUCCAAAGAAAAAAAAAGUGAGUACCUAGAGCUUCCAUUGUUGGAGUUGGAAGCUCUUGCCACGGCAACAAACAAUUUUUCUAACGACAACAAGCUUGGACAAGGUGGAUUCGGAAUUGUUUACAAGGGAAGAUUACUUGACGGAAAAGAAAUUGCGGUAAAGAGACUAUCGAAAAUGUCCUCACAAGGGACCGAUGAGUUCAUGAACGAGGUUAGAUUAAUUGCAAAGCUUCAGCACAUAAACCUUGUCCGGCUUCUAGGUUGUUGCGUCGAUAAGGGUGAGAAGAUGUUGAUCUAUGAGUACUUGGAGAAUUUAAGCCUUGACUCGCAUCUCUUUGGUUAGUGACUCAAACAGCUUCUGUUCUAAUAAUUGAACAUUUUUGUGAAAACGUUAACUUGUUGUUGGUUGUGUUGGAUGUGUAGACCAAACACGAAGCUCUAACUUAAAUUGGCAAAAGAGAUUUGAUAUUAUCAAUGGUAUUGCUAGAGGACUUCUAUAUCUUCACCAAGAUUCACGGUGUAGGAUUAUCCAUAGAGACUUGAAAGCAAGUAACGUAUUGCUUGAUAAAAAUAUGACUCCAAAGAUCUCGGAUUUCGGUAUGGCGAGGAUCUUUGGACGGGAGGAGACAGAGGCUAAUACAAGGAGGGUGGUCGGAACUUACGGCUACAUGUCUCCAGAAUAUGCAAUGGACGGGAUAUUCUCGAUGAAGUCGGAUGUUUUCAGCUUUGGGGUCUUGCUUCUAGAGAUUAUAAGUGGAAAAAGAAACAAAGGAUUCUACAACUCAAACCGUGAUCUUAAUCUCCUCGGUUUUGUGUGGAGGCAUUGGAAGGAAGGAAACGAGCUAGAGAUUGUAGAUCCGAUCAACAUCGAUUCUUUGUCAUCAAAGUUCCCGACACAUGAAAUCUUAAGAUGUAUACAAAUUGGUCUCUUGUGUGUUCAAGAACGAGCCGAAGACAGACCAGUGAUGUCCUCGGUAAUGGUGAUGCUUGGAAGCGAAACUACCGCUAUUCCUCAGCCUAAACGUCCUGGAUUUUGCAUUGGUAGAAGUCCUCUUGAGGCUGAUUCUUCUUCAAGUACACAGCGCGACGAUGAAUGUACAGUGAACCAAAUCACUCUCUCGGUCAUUGACGCUCGGUAAUUUGUAACUUACGGCCCAAUCUGUUUACAUGCAUAUCAUUUUAUAGGUAAGUCUAAAUAGAUUUUAUUACUACAUAUAUGAUUCGAUAUCUUGCUCUAUCUAAUUUAAUUUAGACAAAAGAUUCACCACAUGUUUCACAUGAUUUU